CUUUCUUUCGACAGACACUUUCUUCCAACUACCACCACACCCAACAAACCACCACCAUCCUUGUUUCACAUCGUUGAAAACCCUCUUCUUCUGCCUGUCUAAACGAUAAAGGAUUCCUUAACGAAAAGCAUUAGCUGAAGAUGAGUGGAUCACAAGUGCACGGAAUUUCUUGCUUUUCUCUCGUUGCUCCCAACGAUGAGACCUAUGACGCUACCCUUGACUUCUACACGAAGUUGGGUUUCACGAAGGUUGCCAACUUCGGCGUCUCUGACAGAUCUGACGACAACGUCUGCACUGACAGCGUCCGUGAGGACUGGCUCUACAGUGCCGGCGCCGGCGAGGCUUCUAACAUCACCUUGAAGCUUCGUCUCGUCCCCUCUGAGAUCACUUUGGCUCCUUCUGAGAGCACCGCUACCGAGUGGCGUGGCCAAAAGGCCGCCGUUGUUCUUUACAGCGCCGACCUUUCUGCCAUCACUAAGCAACUUGAUGCUGCUGAGAUCGCCUACCAAGCUCUCCCCAACGAGAAGAACCCCUCCGAGGUCUACGUCCGUGACCCCCUCAACUCCCUUGUUGGUUUCUCCAAGCGCUUGAACCCCUUUGCUCACUCUAGCAUCAAGCCCCCUGUCGGUUCUGAUGUCGUCUCUGGUAUUGCUACCCCCGCUACCCACGAGGCCAUCAACAGAGCCGCUGCUACUGCCAGCGCCAAGGCUGCCGGCAUCAAAAAGAAGAUUGCUGUCAUGACUUCUGGUGGUGAUUCUCCCGGUAUGAACGCCGUCGUCCGCGCCGUCGUUCGUUACGCUAUUCACCGCGGCUGCGACGCCUUCGCCAUUUACGAGGGUUACGAGGGUCUUGUUCAAGGUGGUGACAUGAUCCGUCAAAUGCAAUGGGGCGACGUCCGCGGCUGGUUGGCCGAGGGUGGUACCUUGAUUGGUACUGCUCGUUGCAUGGCCUUCCGUGAGCGUGCUGGUCGUCUCCGUGCUGCCAAGAACCUUAUUGCUGCCGGUAUUGACUCUUUGAUUGUUUGCGGUGGUGACGGUUCCUUGACUGGUGCUGAUCUCUUCCGUUCUGAGUGGCCUUCCUUGGUUCAAGAGUUGGAGGACACCCAAGCUAUUACCAAGGAGACUGCCGACUUGUACCGUCACCUCACCAUUGUUGGUUUGGUCGGUUCCAUCGACAAUGAUAUGUCUUCCACCGAUGUCACCAUCGGUGCCUUCUCCUCCCUUCACCGUAUUUGCGAGUCCGUCGACUCUAUUUCCUCUACCGCUAUUUCUCACUCCCGUGCCUUCGUCGUCGAGGUUAUGGGUCGUCACUGUGGUUGGUUGGCUGUUUUGGCUGCCUUGGCCACUGGUGCUGACUUUGUCUUCAUCCCCGAAAAGCCCGCCGAGGUUGGCAAGUGGCAAGACGAGAUGUGCAAUGCCCUUCAAACCUUCCGUCGUUUGGGCAAGAGAAAGUCUAUCAUCAUCGUUGCCGAGGGUGCUAUCGACUCUGAGUUGAAGCCCAUCUCCGCUGAGGACAUCAAGAACCUUUUGGUUGACCGUCUUCACCUCGACACCCGUGUUACCACUCUUGGUCACGUUCAACGUGGUGGUGUUCCUUGCGCUUACGACCGUAUGCUUGCUACCCUCCAAGGUGUUGACGCCGUUGAUGCUGCUCUUGCUUCUACCCCCGAAACCCCUUCCCCUAUGAUUGCCAUCAACGGUAACAAGAUCAACCGCAAGCCUUUGAUGGAGGCUGUCAAGUUGACUCACCAAGUUGCUGAGGCCAUUGAGGCCAAGAAGUUUGCCCAUGCUAUGGAGCUCCGUGACCCUGAGUUCGCUGACUACUUGGACGCCUGGGUUGGCACUACUCUUGUUGAGGACGAGACCCACUUCGUCCCCAAGGACCAAAGAAUGCGUGUUGCCAUCAUCCACGUUGGUGCUCCCGCUGGUGGUAUGAACGCUGCCACUCGUGCUGCCGUUCGUUACUGCUUGAACCGUGGUCAUACCCCUCUUGCCAUUGACAACGGUUUCUCCGGCUUCUUGCGCCACGACUCUAUCCAUGAGCUCUCUUGGCUCGAUGUCGAUGAGUGGUGCAUCCGCGGUGGUAGCGAGAUCGGUACCAACCGUGAUACCCCCGAUCUUGACAUGGGUCUGACUGCUUUCAAGUUCCAGCAAUACCAAAUCGAUGCUUUGCUCAUUGUUGGUGGUUUCGAGGCUUUCACUGCCUUGUCUCAACUUGAGCAAGCUCGUGCUAACUACCCUGCCUUCAGAAUCCCCAUGGCUAUCAUCCCUGCCACCAUCUCCAACAACGUCCCCGGCACCGAGUUCUCUUUGGGUUGCGACACUUCCCUCAACGCCGUUAUGACUUACUGCGAUGCCAUUAAGCAAAGUGCUAGCGCUAGCCGUCGUCGUGUCUUCGUUUGCGAAGUCCAAGGUGGUCGCUCUGGCUAUGUCACCACUGUCGGUGGUCUUAUCACUGGUGCCUCUUCUAUCUACACUCCUGAGGAUGGUAUCUCCUUGGACAUGCUCCGUCGUGACAUUGACCACUUGAAGCAAUCCUUCGCUUUGGAGGCUGGCCGCAACCGUGCCGGUAAGCUUAUCCUCCGCAACGAGACCGCUUCCUCUGUCUACACCACUGAGGUUAUUGCCAACAUCAUCCGUGAGGAGGCUCACCAACGCUUCUCUGCUCGUACUGCCGUCCCUGGUCACGUCCAACAAGGUGGUAACCCCUCCCCCAUGGAUCGUGCUCGUGCCGCUCGUCUUGCUAUGCGCGCUAUUCGCUUCUUCGAGAGCGCUCGUAACAAUGGUCUUGGUGCCGACUCUUCCUCUGCUGUUGUUAUUGGCAUCCGCGGUGCUGGUGUUUCCUUCAGCCCUGUUGAGGAGGUCGAAAACAACGAGGCCGAGAUUGAGUUGCGUCGUCCCAAGAACGCCUGGUGGCGUAGCAUGCACGAGUUGGUCAACGUUUUGGCCGGCAAGACCUUCUCUGACUAAACCUCGGGCUCUUAGAGAUUUAAUACUCUGAAGUCUUGUUUUUGAGAAAUGUUUCUGCUAUUAUGAGCUUUUAGAACUUGUGGACUUUUAUUUUGUUUGUUAUUUAUAUACAAUUCUGGUGAACAGCGUCUGUACCGGAGGACGGGUACGUUUGAGUUUCUCGAGACAGUUCUAGUAGCGAUUUUGUUUGCUUUUAUUGUUACUGAUGGGCUUUUCAAUUGGGGUAAUUGUGUCUGUACUGCUCAUGAAGUUCCGUUCUGUGACCUUCAGUAGCUGGUCCAUUUCUUCCCUCUGUCUUGGGAUGUGCCUGCUGUUUUUAAUCACCCGAGUUGUUAUAACAUAAGAUGGCGUUCUCGUUCACGGCGCCGUAACUGAGACUUUUUUAGAA